UGACUAAUCAUUUUUUUAAAUGUCUAAAACAAGAUGCUGUUUUCGGCUUAGCUAGACUAACUGAUUCCAACGACAUUGUAUUAAAACAUUCGUUUUUAUGAUUUUAUUACUUUUGAUAUAAUCAAGUAACAAAUAUGCAAUCUGAAAGAUACAGUUUUAGUUUAACUACAUUUAGCCCAUCUGGAAAGUUAGUUCAAAUAGAAUAUGCAUUAGCGGCAGUAUCUGCAGGGGGACCAUCAGUUGGAAUCAAAGCUGUAAAUGGAGUUGUUAUUGCAGCUGAAAAGAAACAAAAGUCUAUUUUAUUUGAUGAGAAGACAAUAUCAAAAAUAGAAAUGGUUACUAAUCAUAUUGGCAUUGUUUAUAGUGGUAUGGGACCAGAUUUUAGAUUGCUUGUUUCAGAAGCUCGCAGAAUAAGCGUUAAUUACAAGUUACAAUAUGGUGAGCCUAUUCCUACAACGCAACUUGUACAAAAAGUUGCUAAUGUUAUGCAAGAGUAUACACAGUCAGGAGGUGUUCGUCCAUUUGGAGUAUCUCUUUUAAUAUGUGGUUGGGAUGAUGAUGUUCCAUCUCUUUACCAAUGUGAUCCAUCUGGAGCUUAUUUUGGAUGGAAAGCUACAGCUGUUGGUAAAAACUUUGUAAAUGGUAAAACAUUUCUUGAAAAAAGAUACAAUGAGAUGAUGGAGCUGGAAGAUGCAGUUCACACAGCCAUAUUAACUCUCAAAGAAGGUUUUGAAGGUCAAAUGACAGAGGAUAAUAUUGAAGUCGGAAUAUGUAAUAAGAAUGGUUUUCGUAAACUUACUCCAUCAGAGGUUAAAGACUAUUUAGGAUCAAUUCUGACAUAAUAUUGUUAUUUAUAUUUUUUUAAUGUGCGUUGCACAUAAAAAACAUUUGAUUGUUUAGGCUAGAGUUAAAUUUGCGAUGCUAUGCAUUCAUUGUAUUUGCUAUCUUUGGUUAUUGUUACAAGGGUUGUUAGAAUAAAAAACGUAUCUAUA